GCUCAUUGGCUACAAGUGACAAAGUUUUUCAUAUUAAUUAGUAUUCGUUCUUCUAUUGGUUGAAUGAUUCCCUCGCUUCUUAUGCUGAUUAGUCCACAUGCCCAGUCUUUUCUUCUGAGUCAGCAGUUACCUGGAUCGGUGGUCUGUGAAACAGGGGUAACAAUCUCCUCGUGCCAGAAUUACCUUCUACCCAGUCAGAGCUGAUCGCAGCGCAAUUGCUGAGCUGUCUUCAUUAGUUUUUUCCUUACCUUAGGAGUUAUGUCAAAUGUCCUUGAGGCUUAUAAAUUGUAUUCUUUGGGUCUGCUAUCAGUGAUAUAUUCUUAUUCUCAAGCUUUGUUAACCUCCCCCUAGGUCUGAGAUCAUUGAGACAUGCCUAAGCUCCAGACCUUAACAAGGCAAUUUUACCAACAAGUAAUUUAUCUUUCUCAUGUGGCUGGAUCUCCCCGACCCUUCUUUUCUCCAGGCUUUAUAAACAUAGUUCUUUCAAACAUGUGACAGGCUCCCCAAUCCUGUUGGACUCUGGACUCUACAAUUUUUCAGUCUCCUGAACUGUCCCAGACCAAAAUUGAGCACAGUAAUCCAGACACUCUCUGUUUAUCAUUUUGCCUUACCUCAGAAUCACACCGAGUUCCCCCAAACCCCCACGAUGGAAACCAAGACUGCUUCUGAAGCUCAGUGUCAUGUACGAUAUGGGUGAAACCUCAUCUCAGGGAGAGACCUUCCAACAGCCUCAGACACCAACCAAGCACCUCAUGGCUGCCAAUGCGUGCCGGGGCAGCCAGCGCCCAAAACUCAGAAACGCUGUGAGCAGCCCGGGAAGUGAGCUCUCAUAAGCAGGAAAGUGAAAGACAUGUUUCCGUUUAUGAUUGGGUUUUUCAGCUAUCGUUAUCAAAGGUUUCGUUAUUGUCAAAGGUUUCGUUUUCAACACCGAGGAGUGGCACUGAGCGGUGCCCGGCGCGGCGCUGCCGCCCUGCCCCGCGAGCCCCGUCCCGGCGAGCCGGGCCCUCACCCACCGCCUCCGCAAGAGAAACCGAAAGCGGAGCCGGUGCUGGGCAGGGCGGCGCCGGUGCUGGACAGGGCGGGCCGGGCCGGGCCGGGCCAGCGGAGGGUUCGCUGAGGGGCCGCGGCCGCGCUGUUCGCCGGGGCCCAAGCGCAGCCCUCACCAGCGGGAGCCUCGAGUGCCGGGCGCCGCCAUGGCAGAGGGCACCCGGGACGAGCGGUUCCUCUACAUGAUCUCCUGCUUCAGGCCGCGGCUGAAGCAGUUCAUCCAGGUGCAGCCCGUGCUGGACCGGCUCCCCUCGCUGAGCGUGGAGGACAGGGACAGGGUGCGUGCGGCCGCCCUGCAGCGGGGCGCGGCGGCGGGCGCGGAGGAGCUGCUGCGGGCCGUGGAGCGGGGGCCCCGCGGCUGCGGCUGGAUCCGCGAGUUCCUGCAGGCGCUGGAGCACGGCGGCUGCAGCCUGGCCGCCUGCUACGCCAACCCCAGCCUGAGCCAGCUGCCCUCGCCGGCAGAGGAGGCCGAGCACGACCUCUGCGUGCACCUGGUGCAGCUGCUGCACGGCACGCUGGUGGACAGGAUGCGCACCGGGCAGGUGGCCGAGAAGUGCCUGCAGAUGGGACUCUUCCAGGACGAGGACGUGGAUCGGAUCCAGACUGUUACUGACAAUCAUGGGAACAGAGAUGGUGCAAGGGAGUUACUGAGCAGAAUAGUCCAGAAGAAAGAUUGGUUCUCUUCUUUUUUGAUUGCUCUCCGUGAAACCCAGCAUGAAGACCUUGCAGAUGAUUUAAGUGGAAAUACAGGAGAGAAUAAACAAAAUGGGAUGGAGCAGACUGCAAACGAAGAAACAGAAGUUACAAGCCAACCAGGAUACGUCAUAGAGGAGAAUUCAAAACAGGAAGAAAAUGUGGAUGAUAGUUUCAGCAAUGAGAACAGUCUGUUGGAAACAUCCAUAGAAAAGAAUUCUGUGGUGUCAGAGUCAGAUGUCUCCAUAGGAGAUGGAAGUGUCAGUAACUUGAAUGAAAACCUGGAGCAGGGCUGCACAACCAGUGAUUCAGAUGAAGAUGAAGUGGAGAGGAGAGCCUCACCUGAGCCAGAUCUGACCCUGAGAGAUUACCAGAUGGAAGUGGCAAAGCCAGCAUUGAAUGGGGAGAAUAUUAUAAUAUGUCUCCCUACAGGCAGUGGUAAAACCAGACUGGCAGUUUACAUUACCAAAGAUCACUUGGAUAAGAAGAAAAGAGCAUCAGAGCCUGGAAAAGUCAUAGUACUUGUUAAUAAGGUUCCACUGGUAGAACAGCAUUUAAAAACAGAGUUUAGUCCAUUCCUGAAGCGUUGGUAUCAGGUUAUUGGUUUAAGUGGUGAUUCUCAGCUGAAAAUCUCAUUUCCUGAAGUUGUCAGAAGAAAUGAUGUCAUCAUCAGUACAGCACAGAUCCUUGAGAAUUCACUUUUAAAUGGAUCCAAGGAAGAUGAAGAAAGUGUCCACUUAUCAGAUUUUUCCCUCAUCAUCAUCGAUGAGUGUCAUCACACUCAAAAGGAAGGUGUCUACAAUAAUAUAAUGAGACGUUACUUAAAAGAAAAGAUGAAGAACAGGAAGCUGGCAAAAGAAAACAAACCACUGAUUCCACAGCCUCAGAUUCUGGGACUUACAGCCUCACCUGGUGUAGGAGGUGCAACAUCCUACUCAAAAGCUGAAGAGCAUAUUCUGAAAAUCUGUGCCAAUCUUGAUGCAUGUAGAAUUAUGACUGUUGAAGAGCAUGCCUCCCAGCUAAAGAAUCAGGUGAAGGAACCGUCUAAGAAGACUGUGAUUGCAGAUGACAAAAAAAGGGAUCCAUUUAAAGAGAAAAUUACUGAGAUCAUGACAGAAAUACAAAACUAUUGCCAGCUGCACCCAAAGCCUGAGUUUGGAACUCAAACAUAUGAACAGUGGGUGAUCAGAGAAGAGAAAAGAGCUGCAAAAGAAGAAAAACGCAGGGAACGUGUCUGUGCAGAGCACUUGAAGAAAUACAAUGAUGCUCUCCAGAUAAAUGACACCAUCCGAAUGGUGGAUGCCUACAAUCUCCUAAAUAACUUUUAUAAAGAGGAGAAAAGUAAGAAGACAGUAAGGAGUGAUGAUGAUGAUGAUGAUUAUAAACCAGCAGUAUCAAAACAGGAUGAAACAGAUGAAUUUCUAAUAGGUUUAUUCCAUGCAAAAAAGAAACAGCUGAAAGAGUUGAGUAGAAAGCCAGAAAAUGAAAAUGAGAAGCUAAUGAAGUUGAGAAAUACUUUAAUGGAGGAGUUCACGAAGACUGAGGAACCUCGAGGAAUCAUUUUCACAAAGACUCGUCUAAGUGCCUUUGCACUUUUCCAGUGGAUUAAGGACAACCCAAAAUUUGAAGAAGUGGGAAUUAAGGCCCAUUAUUUUAUUGGCUGUGGACAUAAGAGUGAAAUGAAGCCCAUGACUCAGAAUGAGCAAAGGGAAGUAAUUGAUAAAUUUCGAUGUGGAAAUGUAAAUUUGCUACUUGCCACUACUGUAGCUGAGGAAGGCCUGGACAUCAAAGAGUGUAACAUUGUUAUUCGCUAUGGCCUCGUCACCAAUGAAAUUGCCAUGGUGCAGGCUCGUGGUAGAGCUCGAGCUGAUGAAAGCACCUAUGCUCUUGUUGCUUCAAGUGGCUCAGGGGCUGUUGAACGUGAAAAUGUUAAUAUUUUUCGUGAGAAAAUGAUGUAUAAGGCCAUUCAGCGAGUCCAGAAGAUGCCACAGGAAGAGUAUUUAAAUAAGAUUCAGAGUUUCCAGUUGCAAAGUAUAGUGGAAAAACAAAUGAAGGUGAUGAGAGAUCAGCGCAAGACAUACAAGAAAAAUCCUUCACUAAUAAAAUUCUUAUGCAAAAAUUGCUCCAAGUUGAUAUGUUCUGGAGAAGACAUACAAGUUAUUGAAAACAUGCAUCAUGUUAGUGUGAAAAAAGAUUUCCAAAGUCUUUAUCAUGUAAGAGAAAAUAAAACACUGCAAGAUAAGCAUGCUGAUUACCAGACAAAUGGGGAAAUUAUAUGCAAAGACUGUGGACAGACUUGGGGAAAUAUGAUGGUUCACCGAGGUCUUGACCUGCCGUGUCUAAAAAUUAGAAAUUUUGUGGUUGUGUUUGCAGACAAGAAAACAACAAACGAUAUUUUUAAGAAAUGGGGAGACUUGCCUAUCAGGUUUCCUAGUUUUGAUUAUUCAGCUCACUGUCCUUCAAGUGAUGAAGAUUAAGGACUUGGAAUGAAAAUAGAAGCACUUUUCAACUUCUCUGUUGAUCAGAAGCUCCUGUGUCCCAUAGAGAAUGCUGCAUCAUAAGCACUGUAAAAGCUCCUGGACAUAAGGAAACUGUCUUGAAGACAAAAAGCGAAACAAGAAAGGAGAAGGACAAAGUCACACAGCUGCUAUCUGCACUCUGAUUUGUACUCCUGGACAAAGAUGGCAAAUGCAUUGUAGUCAUAUGUAUUAUGUAUUUAUGGAACAAACUUCUGUCUCUUUUCACUACAGAAUGACAACACCAUUCAAAAGUGUGUUAGAUGACCUCUUAUCAAUCCCAGAACGUUGAAAAGAGACCUUAGGAUAUACCAUGGUCAUUAUUUUCUUCAUGCUGUAACCAUUUUGAAGAUACUUAUCUCAAAAGAGGAGCCAUGUAAAGAAGAUAUUACCCAUUAUUUCGGAAUCACUGUUGCUACAUCAGUGUUUUCAUGACUGAAUUCCUCCCUUCAUAAAUAUAGUUGAAAGCUCAUACACUUUGACAGAUUAAAAUUAGGUUUCCUUUAGAAGACAUUUCAAGAAAUCAAGCCCUUAACAUAAAAUUGAUUAUUUUCGUGUCCAAGAUUUGGCACAUUGCCAAAGUGACUCUCUGUGUGUCAGUUUCAUAGGAUUGUUAACCUGGCUACAUAAUGAGGUCUGCAUUUUUUUUUUUCAAUAAAUUGCUGUAACUAAUGUUUACCAAC